UUUUGUUUUUAUAUAUAUAUAUAAAUUAGGUUAUAUUAUACGAGUGCGCUUGUAAUUAAUAAAAUGACUAAUAAGAUAAUUUUAACAUUUUUUCAAAGAUUUGUUUAUUAAUCAUUCCGUUCUUUUUUUUCUUAAGAUAUCGUGAUAAAGCUUAUUGUUAUUAUCACUGAUAUGGAAUAUACUGAUAUAUUUCUCUCAAUGUAUCAGAGCUUUAAUUGAAAAAAAUUACAAUAUACUUUUAUUCGUAUAAUGGCCGGAAAUGGCAAAACUGUGAUAUUAUGCAAAGGCUCGUCCGAGAAGAACGACAAGGAGGAGGCGUAUGUGCAAAUGUUGAAAUCCGCUGGUUAUAUUUGCGAAUGUUUACGUACUUUGCGAUUUGAGUUUGUGAAUAUUUCGAAAUUGCAAACUUGUCUCUUAGCAGCGGACAAAUAUAGUGGUCUGAUAUUAACAAGUCCUCGUACAGUUGAAGCUAUUGCACUGGCAGUGAAAGAUGAUGCAAGUAUUUUGUAUCAUUGGAAACAGGUGCCAGCAUACUGUAUAGGACCUGCAACAGAUUCUCUCGCAAGAAGUCAGCUCGACUUGCAACAUUGUAUUGGUAGUCAGUCUGGCAACUCAAAGCAACUGGCAGAACAAAUUAUUUCUAAUGUAAAGAAAAAUUCAAAACCAUUAUUGUAUCCAUGCAGUGAGAUUGCACGCGACACUAUAGCUUGUACUCUUGACAAUAAUGAAGUUUCAAUACACAAGAUUGUGGUUUAUAGGACAUUAGAAAGUGAAUCUUUAGAACAGGACCUUUUAGAAGUGCUUAAAAAAUCUUAUAAUAUAUUUGUUUUUUUCAGUCCAUCUGCAGUAGAAUUUAUUGUAGCACAACUUAAGAGAAAUUCUUGUAAUAUAAAAGAUAUAAAAGCAGUAGCAAUUGGUCCUGUGACAAAAGAUGCAUUAAUUAAUUCUGGUUUCAAUAUAUAUGCCACUGCAGAUAAACCUGAACCAGCUAGUUUAGUCCAUGUAAUUAAAGCAGCUGAGUAUAUAGAAAAUUCAAGUGAAGAUGUUUCGUGAAAAUCAAUAUUAAUAAAACUCAUCAAUAUUUUUAACAUUUUAUCUGCCUAAUGUAAAUAUUUGAAUAUAUAAUGGAGAUUUGCUAUAUAGCUAUCAAAGGAAUUUUUUGCUUCAUAUAUGAGAUUUGUUUGUUAACAAUAAUUA